AAUGUCACAGAUCCAUAGAUACAACUGAAGAAACACGAGGGACGAAGCAGCAUUUGUUUCCACGUGAACCCAUUUGAUUUCACACAGGAUUCAUUUCUUAAACAAAAAAAGAUUCCGUAUCUACAAAAUAUUAUAUACCCAUUGCUCAAUUUUGACCUUAACAAGCUUUUCACACCAAUACCCAUAUUCGUCCCAUCAAAAUCUGCGGAUUUACUUCCUUCUACAUCUUCAUUCUCAAUCACCAUUAUACAUAGACAAGAGCCAUAUGAAAACUCAACCAUCUCCUAAGUACAUUUCAAAGAACUCUUAAAAUGGCAAAGCAAAUAUGGUUACUACAUGUAAUGAUGAUCAUCACUGCUUUGUUUCUUUACUCAGCACCUAACGUCCACGGCUGGGGUAUUGAAGGCCACACCAUCGUCUGUAAAAUCGCUCAGGCUAGGUUGGAUGAAACUGCAGCCAAGGCAGUGAAAGAGCUGUUACCUGAAUCUGCACAAGGAGAUCUGUCAAGCUUGUGUGUUUGGGCUGACCAUGUCAAGUUCAGAUACCAUUGGUCUUCUCCUCUCCACUACAUCAACACUCCUGAUGUUUGUUCCUACCAAUACAACAGGGACUGCAAGGACGAAGAUGGAGUGAAAGGGAGAUGCGUUGCAGGAGCCAUCUACAAUUAUACCACACAGCUUCUUACCUACAACACUGCAGCUGCAUCGACGCCACAAUACAACUUAACAGAGGCCCUGCUCUUCCUGUCUCAUUUCAUGGGUGACAUCCAUCAGCCUCUACAUGUGGCUUUUGCUUCGGACAAAGGAGGUAACACCAUCGAAGUGCAUUGGUACACGAGAAAAGCUAACCUUCACCAUAUUUGGGAUUCCAGCAUUAUUGAGACCGCUGAAGCAGAUCUCUAUAACUCGGAGCUAGAUGGAAUGGUGGAUGCAAUCAACAAGAAUAUCACGACAGAAUGGGCAGAUCAAGUCAAUAGGUGGGAGAUUUGCACAAGGAAGACAGAAUGCCCAGACAUCUAUGCAUCGGAAGGGAUUAAAGCAGCUUGUGACUGGGCAUACAAAGGGGUAACUGAAGGAGAUACUCUAGAAGAUGAAUACUUCUAUUCACGGCUACCGGUAGUGUAUCAGCGCUUAGCACAGGGAGGGGUGAGACUAGCAGCUACACUAAACAGGAUUUUUGGUGGAAGAAGCUGAGUUUAUUAGCAUGUGACUGUUACUAAGUACCGUUUCCUGUCAGAUAAUAAAUCUACCUAUUGGAACAACAAAAGAAGAGCACAGCAAAGCUCGUUAUUUAUCAAACCAAUAAUAUAUUUAUUUCCAUU